AUGGUAUUAGCUGGUUUUUCUUCCUCUCAACCAUUCAUACCCAUUUUCAAUGGUGAGAAAUAUGAGUGGUGGAGCAUCAAGAUGAAGACAUUACUCAGAUCACAAGAGCUAUGGGACUUGGUCGAGUAUGGGUUCGCUGACAUACUUGAACCUGAAGAAGAAAAAGAAAAGAGAUUGAAAGAAACCAAGAAAAACGAUGCUAAGGCAUUGUUCAUUAUCCAACAAGUGGUCAUGACUCUAUUUUCUCACGAAUUAUUGCAGCAACCACAUCGAAUAAAGCAUGAUCAAUUUUGCAGAAAGAGUAUCAAGGCAAUAGUCGACCAAUUGCACUCUUAUGGCGAACAAAUUUUUGACGAGAUAAUUGUAGAGAAAGUUUUGCGAAGCUUGAUGACAAAAUUUGAUCAUGUUGUGGUUGCUAUAGAAGAAUCCAAAGAUCUAUCAGUUCUCUUUGUCGAUGAACUGAUGGGGUAUCUUCAAUCUCAUGAGACGAGAAUCAACAGAUUAGUAGAAAAGAGAGAAGAGCAGGUAUUUCAAGUGAAAGAGACAUUCACAAAUCAAGGUGAAAAUAACCGUUCAACAAACAAUGAUCGAGGAAGAGGAGGAUUUCAUGGUGGUCGUGGUCGUGGUUAUGGUAAAGGCAGAGCAGAAAGUGAUGAGGAAAACAAGCUUUUUAUGGAUUGUAUUGAUGUUAACAAUAAGCCAAGUGAUUUGUGGUUUGUGGACAGCGGCUGUUCAAAUUAUAUGACAGGCACCAAAUCAUUGUUCAAGGUGAUUAAUGAGUUACAAAAGAUAAAGGUGCAGCUUGGGAACAAAAAGGAGAUGCAAGUUGAAGGAAAAGGCACGUCAGGCAAACAAGUUCAUAUCCACAUGACUCCAAACAAGAUGUUUCCGUUGGAUGUUUCAAACAUGGAGAACUUUGUUCUUGCUCCAAGUGCAAUGGAUGACUCGAAGCUAUGGCAUUUGAGGUAUGGACAUCUCAAUAGUAAAGGCCUGAAAUUGCUAAGUGAUAAAAGUAUGGUUCUUGGACUUUGGCUCUCUUGA